AUGCAGUCCACCAUUAUUUCCACCUUGCCCUUAAGUGACCUGAAGCCCACUAACCCAGCUGCAGCGACCAUCAACAAGGUCAAGCACCUGGCAUCCUACAACUGGAUUGAAGCACCCGAGCCUACCAUCGCCGUUCCCGGGUGUCCCAAUCGCUGGACUCCCCCCUGGCGACCCGGCCAAUAUACAAUCAAGGUCCCCAGAGACUCCGCGGCAGACGGUCCUUCAGAGAACGCGGCGCGCCAUCCCGCCAGCCCCAUGGAGCCCCUUUUCCGCGCGCUGUACCUCCAGCGGCCGGAUUUCGACAUUCGAUGCGUUGACCUCGUGACCGACCGCAGCAAUAUUCGCAAGCUGUUGUCGGUCAUCAACCCGAAUCUUGACAAGAGGGUGCUCGCUACCGUCACGAUCCACGUCGAGCGACAGGGCAGGACCGUCCUUCUCUGCUGCGAGGAGUCGUCGACCAGGGAGCUUAUACCUCGCACGCCGUUCCGUGGAUACGGUCAGGAGUUUGAGAAUGCGACCACCACCAGCUGUGUUCCAGGCAGCACCAGUCACUACCGGAUCACGUCUUACGACUUGGGAGGAUUGUCCUGUGUGGUCCGCUACGAGGCUGAUAGCUACGUGGAGCAGAGAGGAGGCCACAAUCUGCACGCGACGCUGGACACGAUGCUGGUCUCGUUGGAAAUCUCCGACUCUCCAACCCUUAUCUCCAGGCACUCACCAUUGAGGGUUUGCGCAAGAGGCCUAGUAGUUCCGCCGGAUUCCAUUCUCGAGAUCAAGACCUCGGCCCCUGGAAGGAGACUGGAGAUGGACAAGGUUCUGCCCCAGAUGUGGGUGUCCCAGACCUCGCUGUUGGUUUGCGGCUACUACGACAAGAAAGGCUUGUUCACGGAGUGCCGGCCGACAAACAUUGGACCGGAGCUCACUGAAUGGGAGAUGAACCAUCAGGCCGACCUGAAGCGGCUGGUAGCUCUACUGAAGUGGAUUAUUGCUUCGGUGCCCACAAGUGGCCAGAAGGCGACGCUGGCUUAUGACUCGUGUCGCAACGAGUUGGUGAUCUAUCAGGCGAAGCGUCCAAAUUUGCUUCCUAUUGACCCUUACGAGAAAUGGAGAGGUCGGAAUUAG